AAAGGAACUUCCGUAGAUGGAUUCAUAACGGAACGUUCAUUUAGGUCACCAUUAAACGUUUGCCAACACUAGGCAAGUACGCCAGUACGCAAUAACCUACCUCAUUUAAAAUUGUGACCUGCGACCCAAUUUUCAAAAAUGGAAACGGAUCCAAAUGAAAUGGUUUAUUGUCCCUAUAACAAGGCACAUAAAAUGCUGCGCAAAAAACUGCAACAACAUAUACUGAAAUGUCGGGAGAUAUACAAAGAUGAGAUUGAGCUGCUUGUGUGUCCAUUUAACAAAUCGCAUCUUAUACCCGAGCCAGAGUUUCUAGCGCACACAAGAUCAUGCAUCGAUCGUAAAAUCAUUGCGCAUUAUCAGCACAGUGCACCCGCUGAGUUGACCGAAGAUACAAGACACGAAAAAAUCGAAACAGAAGAAAACUGGGAUGACGACGACGUGCCCGACUACAAUCCACAGUUGUACGUUGCCACGGCAAAUGUUGUCCGUGAGCCGAACGGCAUGUUCCCCUCACAGCGCAAGGCAUUCAUCAAGGAGGAACGGAAGCGUCUGCUUGGCGAAGACAGCGACGACGAUGCCAACGAGAAGACCCAAAGCAGAGGAGGACCAAGCAAAGCCACUUGCCCGACAUCGCAGCGCUCGGCGCCCUACAAGUUGCCCAACCGCCAGCGCUGAGCUAGCAGGAACUCG